AAAUAAAGUUAGUUUACCGAUCACAACAUAACUAGACUGUUUGUUUACGAGUCUCCUCGAGCCAUUAAAGAGUGUUUCUGUGUUUGUUUAUUUACAAAUAAAGACAAAAUGUUAAUCCUAGCACUUGUGAUUUUAACAAUAAUUGUGGCUUGUUAUUGGUAUUUAGUGGCACCGUUAAGUCAUUGGGAAAAACGUGGUAUACCUUAUGUAAAAGGGUAUCCAAUUGUGGGCAAUUUUUUUUGGCAUGCAAUUAAAAAAUCAUCUAUGGGGGACGAGUUGAUUAAACUUUACAAUGCGUACCCAGAAAAAAAAUGUUACGGAAUGUUUUUAUUUGGAAGGCCAGCAAUAUUUGUUCGUGAUUUGGACAUAACUAAGAAUGUUUUAAUUAAAAAUUUUGAAAAUUUUGUUGAUCAUUCCGAUUCGAUAUUCUUGGAAGGUGUUAAUCCGAUAUUAGAUCGAAAUCUAUUCGCUUUAAGAGGGAAUGAUUGGCGAGACAUGAGAGCAACUUUAAGUCCUGCAUUUACUGGUAGCAAAAUGCGAGGAAUGUUUCAAUUAAUGGCUGAUGCUGGAGAAAAUUUUGUUAAUUACUUUGUAAAUGAAGCUAAAAAAAAUGGUGGUAAACCAUUAAAUGUGGAAUUAAAAGAAAGCUUUACCCGACUUACAAAUGACGUCAUUGCAACAACUGCUUUUGGAAUUAAGAUUGAUUCUUUACGUGACCCAAAUAAUGAAUUUUAUCGAAUGGGAAGCAAAGCCUCAACUUUUUCAACAUGGCGGUGGCUUUUAAGUAAUUUCCUCCCUCACGUAGCUAGAUUUUUCCGUAUUAGUUUGUUUCCCAAAGAAGCAGUCGAUUAUCUAAGAAAAAUCGCACUUGAAACCAUUAGUAUUCGAGAACGUGAUAAUAUUUACCGUCCAGAUAUGUUGCAACUGUUGAUUGAAGCUAAAAAUGGUUCGUUAAAACAGACUGAUACAAACGAAGAAAUUAAUAAAGCAUUUGCUGCUGUGGAAGAAUCCAAAAUAGUUCAAACAAAUAAAAAAAUUCAUUUGGGUGAAGAUGAUUUGGCGGCACAAGCGUUUGUGUUCUUUUUAGGUGGAUUUGACACUGUAUCGUCUGCAUUGUGUUUUGCUGUUUAUGAGCUGGCCCUCAAUCCAGACAUACAAGAACGCCUUUACAAAGAAAACGAAAAAAUUUUAAAUGAAAAUAAUGGAAAACUUACUUACGAUGUUUUAAAUAAAAUGAAAUAUUUAGAUAUGGUUAUGUCCGAAGCUUUACGAAAAUGGCCACAAGCAGCUUUUUUGGAUCGAUUGUGUGUCAAACCAUAUACGGUUGAAGUGGAGGACGGUAAAGAAAUUACCUUAGAUAAAGGAACAGUUUUAUAUUUCCCAGCAUGGGCUUUUCAUCGUAAUCCUGAAUACUACCCCAACCCAGAAAAAUUUGACCCAGAACGUUUUAGUGAUGAAAAUAAAGAUAAAAUUAAUCCAACAACAUAUUUACCUUUUGGAGCUGGUCCAAGAAAUUGCAUUGGGUCAAGGUUUGCUUUGAUGGAAGCUAAAAUGGCAAUAUUUUACAUGGUCAAAUAUUUUGAACUUAUUCCAAAUGAAAAAUCAAUGAUUCCACCAAAAGUCACAACGAAAAGUGUGAAUACAACUUUAGAAAAAGGUUUCCAUGAUCAAACAAAUGUCAUUAAAGAGUGUUUCUGUGUUUGUUUAUUUACAAAUAAAGACAAAAUGUUAAUCCUAGCACUAGUGAUUUUAACAAUUAUUGUGGCUUGUUAUUGGUAUUUAGUGGCACCGUUAAGUCAUUGGGAAAAACGUGGUAUACCUUACGUAAAAGGGUAUCCAAUUGUGGGCAAUUUUUUUUGGAAUGCAAUUAAAAAAAGUUCUUUAGGGGACGAGUUGAUUAAACUUUACAAUGCGUACCCAGAAAAAAAAUGUUUCGGAAUGUUUUUAUUUGGAAGGCCUGCAAUAUUUGUUCGUGAUUUAGAUAUUAUGAAGAAUGUUUUUAUUAAAAAUUUUGAAAAUUUUGUUGAUCAUUCUGAUUCGAUAAUUUUGGAAGGUGUUAAUCCUGUUGUAGAUCGAAAUCUAUUCGCUUUAAAAGGAAAUGAUUGGCGAGACAUGAGAGCAACUUUAAGUCCUGCAUUCACUGGCAGCAAAAUGCGUGGAAUGUUUCAAUUAAUCAUUGACGCUGGAGAAACUUUUGUUAAUUACUUUACAAAUGAAGCUAAAAAAAAUGGCGGUAAACCAUUAAAUGUGGAAUUAAAAGAAAUCAUGACCCGACUUACAAAUGACGUUAUUGGAACAACUGCUUUUGGAAUUAAGAUUGAUUCUUUACGUGAUCCAAAUAAUGAAUUUUAUCGAAUGGGUGGAAAAGUCGCAACUUUUGAAACAUGGCGAUGGCUUUUAUGUAAUUUUCUCCCUCACGUAGCUAGAUUUUUCCGUAUUGGUUUGAUUCCUAAUGAACCUGUCGAUUAUCUACGAAAAAUCGCACUUGAAACCAUUAAGAUUCGAGAACGUGAUAAUAUUUACCGUCCAGAUAUGUUACAACUGUUGAUUGAAGCUAAAAAUGGUUCGUUAAAACAGACUGAUACAAAUGAAGAAAACAAUAAAGCCUUUGCUGCUGUGGAAGAAUCAAAAUUAAUUCAAACAAAUAAAAAAAUUCAUUUGAGUGAAGAUGACUUGGCGGCACAAGCGUUUGUGUUCUUUAUCGCUGGUUUUGACACUGUAUCGUCUGCAUUGUGUUUUGCUCUUUAUGAACUCGCUCUCAAUCCUGAGAUACAAGAACGCCUUUACAAAGAAAACGAAAAAGUUUUGAAUGAAAAUAAUGGGAAACUUACAUACGACGUUUUAAAUAAAAUGAAUUAUUUAGAUAUGGUUAUGUCCGAAACUUUACGAAAAUGGCCACAAGCACCUUUUUUGGAUCGAUUGUGUAUCAAACCAUACACGGUUGAAGUGGAGGACGGUAAAGAGAUUACCUUAGAUAAAGGAACAGUUUUGUUUUUCCCAGCAUGGGCUUUGCAUUAUAAUCCUGAAUACUACCCCAAUCCAGAUAAAUUUGAUCCAGAACGUUUUAGUGAUGAGAAUAAAGAUAAAAUUAAUCCAAUGACAUAUUUACCUUUCGGAACUGGUCCAAGAAAUUGCAUUGGGUCAAGGUUUGCUUUGAUGGAAGCAAAAAUGGCAAUAUUUUACAUGGUCAAAUAUUUUGAACUUGUUCCAAAUGAAAAAUCAAUAAUUCCACCAAAAGUCUCAACAAAAAGUGUGUUUACAACUUUAGAAAAUGGAUUCCAUGUUGCGUUAAAAUUAAGAUAA